AUGCAUUUUUUCGACAUUUUUCUAUUGGCCAUCAGUGCCGUUUUCGUGGCGCAAGCAUGCCCUUCAUCACCAGGACGCUCCGAGCCAGGACCACCGGGACCGGAUGGGAGUGAUGGAGAAGGCGGACUACCAGGACCCCCAGGAGACCCUGGACCUCGAGGAGCAAAAGGACCGGCUGGAGAUCGAGGACUCCCAGGUUCACCAGGACUUCCCGGUCCACCGGGACUACAAGGACCACAAGGUGCCGAAGGACCGCCAGGCAUUCAGGGACCACCGGACGUUCAAAUAUGUUGA